UAUUAGUAAUUUUAUUGUCCUCGUUAUGGUAAUAUCCAUAUUGAUGAUGACUAACAUUUAGAAAACAUUUUUAGAAAAAUUGAAUUUAAAGGUGUAAAUUGCAUAUAAUAAGAAUCAUAUACCAAUAGUAAUAGGUGGAUCAAAGGAUUGUGUAUUUGGUAUUUUAAGUGAUGAAUUACAUGUGAUUUCAAAAUAUCAUAUUCCUGAUAUUUAGAUUCCAUAUGAUGAGAAUAAAUCAAGUAUAAAUUUAGGUUUAAAAGCAUCAAAAAAUAAGAUUUCGAUAAUUUAUUUUGGAUAUGAUAAUAGCAGACUAAAUUAAGAUGAGCAAAAUCAUAUAAAUGCAAUGGAUUUAGUUUAUAGAAAAUAAGAUAGCUUUAAAAGACUUUUCAUAAAGAUUUAAAAUCUCAAGCAAAAUAGGCUGGAAUAAUGUUUAAUUAAAUACUUAAAAAUCUUUAAGGAAAAAGAAUUCAUGUUUCUAUUUCUUUAGAAGCUAUUGAUGUAUAUUCUUUUUACUAAAAAUAGUCUGCUUUCUGUCCUGGAGUAGGUAGGUCUUGUGAAUUUGGAAAUAGUGUAUUUAGCAGGUAAACAUACUAUAAGUUUGGAUAUUACAGAUUAUAAUCCAACAAUUGAGGAUUAUGGAACAGGAUUUUUACUAGGAAAUCUCAUCUAUUAUUAUAUUUUAUCAAAAGGAAAAAAUAUAAAUUGA